GGGGGGGAUCCUACAGGCCUGGUGCCACGGGCUCCGAGAAGAGGCAGAGGCAAGCGCACCAUUGUCAACUAGCAUCAUCAAGCAGCUCGCCCAUCUCCUUGGGGUGAACUGAGGAAGGUCUACCCAGAAGCAAGAGCCAGACCCACAGCAGCUCUCACGCUCCGCCUGCAGGGCACAACAGCCCCAUUAAAGCGCCGCUGGCUGGCCGACCGCAGCGAGACGCAUCCGGCUGUCGGGCCCCACUUCCUCCCUCCCAGAGUCCUGGGUGACCUGUCUGCCAAGGGUGUAUGGGGGAGGGGGACGUGGAGACUCAAACUUGAGCAAAUAAAUAAGUUCUGGGAACGCCUCCUUCUGCCCAGUGGAAACUCAGAGGCCCUCGACACACCUAUUACCGCCCUCCCUCGGAGUGGGGGUCCAGGUACAGGAGGGUAGGGCGAGGUGGAGCAUAGCGUCUGUAAGCAGGAAGCAAGGAGUUGGGGCUCAGGGGCAGGGUCCUCAACCCUACACAUGGUCGCCUGUUGUGGAAAGUACCCCCUAGCCAUUGAGGGGACAGGGGCGCAUCUCUGGGUGGGAGAGGGUUAAAUCAGUGGCUUCGCCGGUCCACGUAGUAGCUGGCCCCACCGCCAAUUGCGGUCAGGGCGGCCCUAUAAAUGGGCCGGAGACCUGAGAGAGUCGAGGACUUGUUGCUGCCUUAGCCCCUAGUCCUGGCUACAGGCGUCCCGACCAUGGCCCGCAUGCUCUUAUUCAGUCUGGGCUUCCUCACCAUACUCCUGCCGGCGCUGGCCGCCUGCCCCCAAAACUGCCACUGCCAUGGCGACCUGCAGCAUGUCAUCUGCGACAAGGUGGGGCUGCAGAAGAUCCCCAAGGUAUCAGAGUCGACCAAACUGCUCAACCUCCAGCGCAACAACUUCCCAGUGCUGGCUGCCAACUCCUUUCGGACCAUGCCGAACCUGGUCUCGCUGCACCUGCAGCACUGCAACAUCCGCGAGGUGGCCGCUGGUGCCUUCCGGGGCCUGAAGCAGCUCAUCUAUCUGUACCUGUCCCACAAUGACAUCCGGGUGCUGCGAGCUGGAGCCUUCGAUGAUCUGACUGAACUCACUUACCUCUAUCUAGACCACAACAAGGUGUCGGAGCUGCCCCGGGGGCUGCUCUCCCCUCUGGUCAAUCUCUUCAUCUUGCAGCUCAACAACAACAAAAUCCGAGAACUGCGUGCUGGAGCCUUCCAGGGUGCCAAGGACCUGCGCUGGCUCUACCUGUCAGACAACGCCCUCAGUUCCCUGCAGCCGGGUUCCCUGGAUGAUGUGGAGAACCUUGCCAAGUUCCACCUGGACAAGAACCAGCUGUCUAGCUACCCCUCGGCUGCCCUGAGCAAACUCCGGGUGGUAGAGGAGCUGAAGCUAUCCCACAACCCUCUCAAGAGCAUCCCCGACAACGCCUUCCAGUCCUUCGGCAGAUACCUGGAGAGCCUCUGGCUGGACAGCACCAACCUGGAGAAGUUCUCAGAUGGUGCCUUCGCGGGUGUGACCACACUGAAACACAUCCACCUGGAGAACAAUCGGCUGAACCAAUUGCCUUCCUCCUUCCCCUUUGACAACCUGGAGACCCUCACGCUCACCAACAACCCAUGGAAAUGCACCUGCCAGCUCCGUGGCCUUCGGCGUUGGUUGGAAGCCAAGACAUCCCGACCGGAUGCUACCUGCUCCUCACCAGCCAAGUUCAAGGGUCAGCGUAUUCGUGAGACAGAUGCCCUCCGCAGCUGCAAAUCCCCCACCAAGAGGUCCAAGAAAGCCGGCCGCCAUUGAACAGGUCCUGACCCAGCCAGUCCUGGUGACUGCCUUCUGCUGGAGAGACUACUGACUUUCCCCCCACCAUGUACACCUUCUCCCACAGCCUCUGCUGAUGCACAGAGCUGCCCACACCUACACACAUCCUGGCAGAGGGGCGCUGGGCUCUCCAUUACCACUCCAGCUCCACCCAAUGGGGUCCUAGGGAGGGC